AUGGAUCUUAUUGCCGAUGAAAAUGGCAUUCUUUUUCAACAACAGUAUAUCAAGGAUAUCGAGAAUGAGCUCACUCCCAACUUCCCUAUGGUGAAGGAACUAGGGAAUCCACCAAUUAAGCUCCCAGAUUCCCAGAAACCCUAUAGCAAGUUACUAACGAAUGUUUUCAAAACUAACGUUAUUGAAAAUAGUAAGCCAUCAUUUUCUGUAUUUCCGGAAACAGUACAGUUUUUUGAUUUUGAUCCAGGCCAGACAUAUACAUCCAAAGUAUCUGUUACAAAUUGUACCAGUAGGCUUAGAAGAAUUCGUGUUUUGCCUAUUUCUCCCCAACAUCGAAUUUAUUUUGCUUUAGAUUCUAAUGUCUCACCACCGAUAUCACCAGGAUUGCAGUGGACUAUAAUCAUUUCGUUUUCAUCUAAUACUUCUGAAUUUGUCAGCGGUGAACUUGAUUUGAAAGUGGACGAUGGGUCACUUAUAAAGAUACUGCUAAAAGCAAGACCAAAACAACCAGAACUAAGCACAAACAUUAACGAGAUAGACUUUGGUACAGUUACGAUAGGGGAUUACAAAAAGAAGAUCUUAAGUAUUCGCAAUCAAGGUUCGCUUUCUGGGAAGGUCAAAAUAUCCGGUACAUUUGAAAAUGUAAUUAGAGAAACUCACACAGAUCCUCUCACUAAAGAGGAAAAACGCUUCUUGUCGAUUCUACCCAAUGUAUAUAAGUUUGACGUUCUACCACAAUCGGAAAGGAAAAUUGAGCUAGAGUUUGCACCUCUCGAAAAAUGUCAAAUGUUGUGCAACAUUUUUUUAGAGGGAAACUUUCUGAACAAGAUGAUAACCCUAAAGGCCAAAUCAACUAAUCUACCAGUUUUUGUCUCUAGCGGCGAUAUUGACUUUCACUGCUGCUUUUACGGAAGUGUUUAUUCUACCAAAGUUGAGGUACAGAAUACACUUUUGCUACCAACUAUUGUGAUAGCAAAGGUUCCGACACAUUUCAAGGAUGUUAUUCGUUUUGAGCCUGCUUCUAUUAUAAUUCAGCCUAAUACCUCUCUUUCUUUCGACGUUUUGUUCACGCCAUCCGUUGAUCUUGGGUCUGACAUUAACAUCUUAGUGGAAUUACAUGCAAAGGAGCAAUCAAUUCCAGCAAGUGUACGUAUCCUAGCUUCACUUACGCAUCGUGGAUUUUCUAUCGAUGAACGUAAUAUUAAUAUUGGAAUGAUGUUUAUCAACGAAGAGAAAUGUCACAAUUUUUCAGCACAGAACCUUUCAGAUUUACCUCAAGAGAUCGAAUGCACAAACUUACCUAAAAGCAUUACAGUUAUCCCACGAAAAGUGACAUUAUUACCAAAAGAAAGCUUUCAGUUUCAACUUUUCUUCAAGCCAUUAAACGCAGAAAAGAUCAAUUCUCCUUUCAAACUUCGCAAUAAAUAUGGAGACAGUGUCACUUUGAGGCUUUUUGGCUCUGCAAUUGAGCCUGUGCUUUUCUUUUCAGAAAGCACAAUAUUUCUACCAGCAUGUCCAUUUGGGGGUUGUAUUUCUGCAUCAACAGUUUUGACCAAUAACUCAGAUGAAUGCCAAGACUUUAACUUUAGCACACCAUGCGAAUUUUUAUUUGUUUCUCCUUCAACAGGCGUUCUAAGACCUAGGGAGAGCGUACCCAUUUUAGUUUUCUUUGAGCCCCGAAAGGCAGAUUCAAAGAAAGAGGAGUUGGAAAAGAUAUUACCUUUGAAUCUGCACAAACAAAAGUUGAAUACAUUAAAGAAUUCUACAAAUAUUGUUUCUACUCCGUUAUUAUCUGAUGAUUUUUUAUCCUUGUUUGGUAAUUGGGAUAAAAGCACAAGUUCUCGAUUGGCUCGACAUCGGAUUAUUAAAAUUCAAUGCACCUCGAAUGAAGGACACGUUGAAAGUGUUUUUAUUGUUAUUCAUUGUACUGUUAUUUUCCCAGAAAUUACUGUAGCUGAGACUACUAAUGUUGAAAACGUUUUACCGAAACCAGUAUAUCAGCAACCUCCUACUAAACAGGUUCAUGCAACAGGUUUGAAUUCGUCUGGGAUCGCUCAUAAGCUAACGACAUUAUCCAAACCUAUGGGCUGUAGUGUAAAACUCAACUUUAGCGAAGUUCCGAUGGGUCAAGCAGUAACUAAAUCAUGCUUGAUCAAAAAUAAUAGUGAUAUUCCAGUGAAUUUUCAAAUACAACCCUUUUCACCGAUGUCGAAUUUUAGCAUUGUACGUCCGCCAUCCGAGACCCUAGAACCAAAUCAAGUUGAUUAUAUAUUCUUUCAGUUCAAGCCGAGAGAGUAUGGUAUCUUUUACGAUGAUGUAACCCUUUUCUGUGAGCUAAAUAAUUUGACAAUCCAACUGAAGGGAUUAUGCACUGCGAUUGAUCUCUUUGUAACAACCGAUUCGAAUUUAACUGAGUCAAACAACCGAGAGGCCCCUGUCAUCAACGAAAUUGUAUUUCCCCCUACACUUGUAGGUGAUACAUCACAAAGGUUACUUUACUUCCAUAAUCUUGGGAAUUCUGUCGUUGAUGUCUUGCUGGAAUUUGCCAAUGAAUGCAAUGAUAACAAGGAUUCAAGCAUGUGUAAUGAACCAUUUGUAUUUCAAUUAACUGCGUUCACUGCCCCUCCUGGUUCAAAAACAGUAGUUGCAGCGCUUUUCUAUCCUCAAAAUGUAGGGAGAUAUUCCACCACUGUAUGCGUAAUUGCUGGAAAAUUCAAAAAAACUAUUGUGUUAAAUGGUUGGAGCACUACCCGAAAGAUUUAUACCCGAAGCACUUUCAGUGACCACUUUGACUAUGUUAAUGGACGACGCGUUAGCCCUCUGAAUCUCACCUUUGAGGGAUCUUCUGAAGACUUCCCAUUUGUACUCAAUUUCACUGCAGGCGAAACAAAAAAUCUGAUAUUUGGUAGCGUAAAGGGAGGGCCUUCCGCAGAGUGUGUAGUCAACGCUUUAGAGUCCUUUACUACCGAUGGUUGGGUGGUUAGUGAUCAAAAAAUGACUGUUGCUUCUGGUAGUGAAUCAAUUAUUUCUUUCACUUUAGGGUAUCGCAAGCCAUCAGAUAAUGUAAAGAUGUGUUUCGGUAAGUAUGCCAUAAAUAUUAAGUGUCCAGCUGAUCCAUCGAAUGAUUGUACAUUUUUUUACCAUCUUGCUGCACGAGAAUGA